ACACGCACACACCCAAUGGCCCUUAGUGAGACUACAUUAGACACAGAUCUCUCUGUUCAUUCAACCUUCGCCUCUCGAUAUGUUCGAACCUCACUUCCCAGGUUCAAGAUCCCAGAUAACUCGAUCCCUAAGGAGGCAGCCUUCCAGAUCAUAAACGAUGAACUAAUGUUGGAUGGGAACCCUAGGCUUAAUCUGGCAUCCUUUGUGACCACUUGGAUGGAACCUGAGUGCGAUAAGCUUAUCAUGGCUUCUAUCAACAAGAACUACGUCGACAUGGAUGAGUAUCCUGUCACCACCGAGUUGCAGAAUCGAUGUGUUAACAUGAUAGCCCAUCUCUUCAAUGCACCGCUUGGAGAAUCAGAGGCUGCAGUUGGAGUAGGGACUGUGGGAUCCUCAGAGGCCAUAAUGCUGGCUGGGUUAGCAUUCAAGAGAAAGUGGCAGAACAGGAGAAAAGCCGAGGGAAAGCCCUACGAUAAGCCUAACAUUGUCACUGGAGCCAAUGUUCAGGUCUGCUGGGAGAAAUUUGCGAGGUACUUCGAGGUGGAGCUAAAAGAGGUGAAGCUAAGGGAGGACUAUUAUGUGAUGGACCCUGAAAAGGCAGUGGAGAUGGUGGAUGAAAACACUAUCUGUGUUGCUGCUAUUCUUGGCUCUACUCUUAAUGGAGAAUUUGAAGAUGUGAAGCGCUUGAAUGAUCUUUUGGCUGAGAAGAAUAAGGAAACUGGAUGGGAUACUCCAAUCCAUGUUGAUGCAGCAAGUGGUGGUUUUAUUGCACCUUUUCUGCAUCCAGAACUUGAGUGGGAUUUUCGACUGCCAUGGGUGAAGAGUAUUAAUGUUAGUGGUCACAAGUAUGGGCUUGUUUAUGCUGGGAUUGGUUGGGUCAUUUGGAGGAGCAAAGAGGACUUGCCUGAAGAGCUCAUCUUCCAUAUUAAUUACCUUGGAGCUGAUCAGCCCACUUUCACCCUCAAUUUCUCCAAAGGUUCUAGUCAAGUCAUUGCUCAAUACUAUCAACUGAUUCGCAUGGGUUUUCAGGGAUACAAAAACGUAAUGGAAAAUUGUAGAGACAACAUGAUAGUACUUAAAGACUCAUUGGAGCAAACAGGGAGGUUCAACAUAGUUUCAAAGGACGUAGGAGUUCCAUUGGUAGCAUUUUCUUUGAAAGACAGCAGCCAACACAAUGAGUUUGAGCUUUCAGAUAUGUUAAGGAGGUAUGGCUGGAUUGUUCCGGCGUACACCAUGCCGCCGGACGCUCAACACGUCACCGUGCUGCGAGUUGUGAUAAGGGAAGACUUCUCUCGCACUCUCGCUGAACGUCUUGUGAAUGAUAUCCAGAAAGUUUUACAAGAGCUUGAUGCCCUACCUUCCAAGCCUAAGGUAUCAAUUUGUGGAGAUGAUAAUAAAGUAGUAGUGAAGAAAACUGCUUUGGAGACCCAAAGGGAGGUCACUACAGUUUGGAGGAAGUUUGUCAUGGAAAGGAAGAAGAUGAAUGGUGUUUGUUAAAAGAUUUCAAGUCUUUGAUCAAUUCUUUGGCUAUUUUUCAGUCAUUGCAGAUGGAGGUGGUUAUGGCCCUUCUCUUAACAAACUUGAAAAGAAAUUUUUUAUUUUUGUUUCUCUCUUUGCUUGGUUAUGGUUGUUAAUGCUUAUAGUACUCUAUAUGUACAUCAAUUCGAUUAAUUACAGGCAAUUUUGUUUGA